AUGGGAGAACAACAAUACUUUGGUUCUCUUUUAAAUGAGAAUGAACUUGUUGGGUCUCCUUUGUGUAUGUGUUUGACUAAUUUUAUAAAUAUUGUACAUACUGUUGAAAAGACAUUUGCAAAUAUUGUGAAUUAUGUUGGAAAGUCGGUACCUGCAUUAGAUAUAUCUUUGGAUGUCACAGGUGAAGUCGUGGUUCCUAAAGCGAAGGGUAGAGGUUUCUAUGAAUUUGUUUUUUCUUCUAUUGAGGAUGUCCAACGUGUUCGUGUGGUGCUUUCUUGGAGCCUAAAGCCUGGUUUUCUCAAACUUUUUGCUUGGACUCCUGAUUUUAAUCCUAAUAACCAUAAACAAACAACAGUUCAAUGUUGGGUUCGUUUUCUCGAUUUUCUACAGGAAUACUGGAGUCCUAAUAUUAUCUUUGCAAUUGCUAGUUGUCUCGGAACGCCAAUGUGUUUGAAUGCUGCAACAGGUAAGUACCCACUUGUUUACCUUGGGUUUUGGUAA